UAUCAGUAGUGACCUUGUUUUCAGAUCUUUAGAUCAGUCCUGGCAAGGUUGGCUUUUACUGUAGCCGAACUUUUGUAAACGUAUACUGAGCCCGUUGGCCUGUUGAAAUGUUCAAGAUGUGGUUCAGUAAGGAUUCCUCGCCCGGUGUUACCCGGAAACUGAGGGUGUUUACUGUGGAUACGUUCACUGUGAAGCCGUUCAGGGGUAACCCCGCAGCAGUUUGCCUGGAUCUGCCACAUGAGGGUUUAACGGAUGAAUUAUAUCAAAAAAUCGCUGCUGAGAUGAAUUUACCGAUGACGGCUUUCGUGAACACCGUCAAUAAAGACGACAACUUGGCAUCAGCGAACAGGUUCAAACUGCGGUGGUUCACUCCCAAGACAGAGUGGAAACUUUGUGGUCACGCAACAUUGGCGUCAGCGUUUGUUCUCUUCACCUCUUUAAAUAACUCCAGUGAUGAGCUCGUCUUUGAGACACCUGGCGGGGAACUUUCUGUCUGUAAACAAGGGGAGCUACUGGCUAUGAAUUUUCCCACAGCCGAGACUCUACCUCAGCAAUGGGGUGAUUUUGAGAAGUUUCUGAAGGUGCUCUUCCCAGACAUUAACAUCGUGGAUUCCAUACAUCUGUGUGAUCCACUUGGUUUCUUGGUGAUUCGGCUCAAAGACAAGUGGAACAGAGAAAAAUUUGAAACAUGGAUUCCGAACGCAGAGAAACUUCCGUCGGUUGAUUCUUCAGGACGGGUGAAAAUGGUUAUAGUGACUACCAGGGGGAGGUCUGAGGCUGGAUUCACUAAUAUAGCGGGUGAACAAUAUGAUUUUGUAUCUCGCAUUUUCACGCCAUGGACAGGAUUACCCGAGGAUCCAGUGACAGGCUCUGCCCACACCGUGUUGGCCAAAUUCUGGGGCGACAUACUUGGAAAGACUAGUCUUUAUGCCCGGCAGUGCUCCCAGCGUCCAGGUGAUCUGUGGCUAGAGGUCAGGGGUGAGAGGACAGACAUCAAAGGUCAAUCUGUGCUCGUGAUGGAAUCUCACAUGAACAUACUUGUAUAAAAAGAGCCUCGAUAUUCAAAAUAAAUAUCUGGUUCGUGACGAUUAUGC